CGAAGAUUGUGAAGAUCCCACACCUUCGAACACAAGUUGUAUUCACAACGAAACCCUAGUUUGAAUGCAACCAAACCGCAAAUCGUACAUGUAUUACAUUUACAAUAAGUCUCCAAUUGGAAUGAAACCAGACCACCACCAUGCAUGUUCAAAUUCAAGCAUUUACAAUUUGAACUUUCUUAACUAAUUUGAAUCACUUUGCAUCCAAAUUAAUUUUGGUUUUCUUCUCAAGUAUGAACUUCUGCAGCAUCUCCGUGCAAUCAGGUGACAAGUCUACGGCGGAUCCCUUAGGGCAUGGACUCAAUUCAUCCAAAGCUUGUAGAACCAAUCAGAGGUGGCGCGGAACAAAGAAGUCGCACUUGUUGAUGGUUCGGAGAAUGCAUUCCACUCUUCAGAGUAAUUGAGAUUGAUGUAGUUGCAGAGGGGGCUGUAGAGCAACAAUUCUUCUCAGCCUAAUGACUGGUGCUGGGUCAACACUAAUCUUGCAUUGGAAGACCUUGAUUCUGCCAUGGAAAGACUUAGCUUGUCCAUCGUGUCUCAAGAAAACUCAGCAGCAGCAAAUAGUGUUGACCCUCAUGAAUAUACUUUGACUCAUUCCACAUUGGAGGAAGCUUCUUCUGAGCAUGGGAAUCGGAAUGUUAUGAAUAACUAUAAUAAUGGGGCCAUUGUUCAAGGUGCUCUUCUUACUUCAAGCCAUGACUACAACGGCUUCACUAGUACAGAACAAGAGACUCAUGAUGUUGAGGAAUCAGUUGCACAAAGACUCCGAGGUAUCAGGGGACACAUGGUUACACUAGCAAUGGAUCAGUGGGGUUGCCGUUUUCUUCAGGCCAUAAUUGAUAAUGGCAUUCCCCAAGAAAUUGACAUGAUUCUCGACGAGGUGGAGGAUCACACACACGAGCUUAUGACUCAUCACUUUGGUAAUUACCUAAUUGAGAAGUUUUUCACAUCAGGAAAGCUCACUUUUUAUCAAUUUCAAAGGAUUCUGCUUUGCGUCGUCAUGGACGUACAGCAGCUCAAGCAUACCUGCAUGAACGACCACGGAACUAGGGUAGCACAGAAGAUGUUAACAAGUCUGAGAGAUCCAGUGCAUAUUGCUUAUACUAUUAGAAGACUUAUGUACAUCACUGUGCCACUGCUGAAGAAUGCUAAUGGCGGUUAUGUCAUUCAACAGUGCGUGAGAGUUUUCACAGAAUCGUGUCAAAAGGUUAUUUUCGAUGAAAUAGCAAGGAACUGUGUAGAUGUUGCAACAGAUAAAAAUGGGUGUUCUGUAAUUCAGAAAUGUAUGGCCCAUAGCGCGGGAGUCCCCAUACUGUUACUAGUUAAAAGCAUAAUAAUAAACUCAGAAAUACUCUCAGCAGAUCCAUUUGGAAACUAUGUGGUGCAGUAUAUAAUUAAAAGGAAUAUACUAGAGCCACCUGUAACUAAAAUGAUAAUACUACAUCUUCGCGGUCACUAUGCUGAACUCUCUAUGAACAGGCAUGCGAGCCAUGUAAUAGAGGUACUGUUUAGACAUUCUGAACCCACCGAUGUUGACAUUAUUAUUAUGGAGCUCGUCAACAGCCCCGACUUUGUCAGUGUCCUUCGACAUCCUUAUGGGAAUUAUGUUGCUCAGAGAGCAUUGCAAUUUUCCACGGGCGUUACGAAUAGAACGCUUGUACAUAGAAUUUUGUCAAAUUACGCAUAUCUGCAUGCCCAUCCCUACGGUAAAAGGGUCCUAACAUAUAUCAAAGGAAUCAGGCGGGGUGGGUAAGGAAUGGAUUUAUAAUGUACCACAUGUAUGUUGUGUUUAGAGUGCGUUUGGCUUUAAAAGUUUUUUUUUUGAGAUAUUAACUUAUGAAAAGUAAUAAUAUUCAUGUCUGAUGUAAUUUUUAAAAUUAAA